GGAUUAGAACCCGUGACUUUCUGACUCCCGGCCCUGUUCCCUAGCCACUGAGCGGAGGAGGCGGCGGCAUGAGCAGCGAACGGGGCAAAGCAGCAGGGUUCCCGCCGUCGCUACAGAUGGCAGUGACGUUUGAAGACGUGGCUGUCUACUUGUCCCGAGAGGAGUGGGAGCGGCUGGGCUCGGCUCAGAGGUCCCUGUACAGGGAUGUCAUGCAAGAAAACUAUUGGAAUCUGGUGUCUCUGGGUCUUCCCAUUCUCAAACCAGAGGUGAUUGAUCGGCUGGAGCAAGGGGAAGAACCCUGGAGUAAAGAUUACCUCAGCACCGGUGAACAGGAAAUGUUGGAAGGCCUUCCUCCAGGAUACGGAAGGGAAAAUACAGAGGAGAAAGGUGUGGUGGAUAAGAAACCUCAAGAGAUGCCCGCAAGGAGAUCCAGAGGAAGCCACUUUUGGAAUCUCGAGCAGGGAAAAGCCCGUAGGAAUCAUGGCAGAUUGGAAAAGCAGAGGGGAAAACGGCAGGAGACCCCCACCCCCCACACCUGGGGCCUAGGGAAGCUCUCCGUACCCCCCAGUAAAGCCAGCGCCGAGGAGAAAGCCUACAUAUGUAGCGAGUGCGGGAAAAGUUUUACCCAGUGGUCCAACCUCACAAAGCAUCAGAAAAUCCACUCGGGAGAGAAACUCUACAAGUGUGUGGAUUGCGGGAAACGGUUCAGUUACAGCUACUUGUACAUACAGCAUCUGAGAACCCACACCGGAGAAAAGCCCUACAAAUGUCCCGAGUGUGGGAAAAACUUCAGCGAGAACUCCAACCUCAUUCGACACAAGAAAACCCACAGAGGCGAGAAACCCUACACGUGCACCGAAUGUGGGAAACGGUUCACCGUGAACUCGUCCCUGCUCACCCACCGGCGAAUUCACACAGGGGAGAAACCUUAUAAAUGUUCCCAGUGCGGCAAGAGCUUUACCCAUAACACGACACUCAUCGAACACCAGAGGACCCACACGGGAGAGAAACCCUAUAAAUGUUCCGACUGUGAGAAAAGCUUCAUCCAGCGUUCGGACCUGAUUAAGCAUCGGCGCACGCACACUGGCAAGAAGCCCUAUAAGUGUCCUCAGUGUGGUAAAAAUUUUAGCCUCAGCUCCAACCUGCUGAGGCACCAGAGACUUCACACCGCCGAAAAGCCCUAUAAGUGUCCAGAGUGCGGGGAUGGCUUUGGCCAGAGAGCUGAGGUUGCCGAUCACAUUGAGACCCACAGGUUAGGGAAGGCCCUUUCCGGAACCGGGUCCCCAGUGGGACCUGGGCUUCCGAGGUCGCUCUCAUCCGUAGAGGGACCCAGGCCGCUCCCCGUCUCCCGGUCAUAGCAGAGAUUCGUCUCACGUCCCAUCUGCCUCCUCUCUGGCCCGGCCGUGGCAGGAGGAAAUGAAGGCAUCAAGGGAUCACUCUCAUAAUGCAGUGAGGCUUGGCCACGGCCAUAUACAGGAGGAAAAAAGGGGUGUGUGUAGAUACAUAUAAUAUGUGUGUAGAUACAUAUAAUAUGUGUGUGUGUGUGUGUGUGUGGCAUAUAUAUAUAUAUAUAUAUAUAUAUAUAUAUAUAUAUAUAUAUGCCAAAUAUUGGGGGAAAGAACAUUGUGAAUUGCCAAAUGAAGCCUGGUCACUAAACACAAUCCUUUCUUUCCCUCACGUGAACACUUCCCUCACCCCCUCCAAAUCUCCCGGUCAGAAACACCGACUAAGCCACCAUUUUGAACAUCAGCAGGGUGGAGAAAAUCACUUCCCACCUCAAGGUAUGAGGAAGACCAAAACACAGAAUUCCCUUGGUGACUUAUUCAUGGUCUUAAGAGGUUCUCAGAAGACUGCAGUGUGUGGAACCCAAACAACUCCUGCCUGGGGUUCCGUUUCCAAGAAUUCAAGGCUGGCUGUCAAAGCCCCAGAGACCCGUUUUGUGUGUAAACUCCUGGAAAGAUCUUAAAUCUUCAUUAUCUCUCUUCCCUCGGUAUUGGGGAUUUAGGUGAGACUGGUAGGGUGUGUCAUAACUCCCUUAGGGUUAGUAGUGAUGAUGAUGAUGGUAUUUGUUAAGCACUUACUAUGUGCCAAGCACUGUCCUAAGCGCUGCAAGAAGGAGUUUGAAUUCCUUGUUGCUUUUAGCUGUCACCAACUAUCUUUAGUCCUCUAUUUCAUCUCACUCAGGCACCUAAGUCAGCCACCUGUCCAGUCAGAUGAUUAAGAACGAGAAAGCCAGGGGUUAAAGGAAUGCCUAGCGAAGGGGGUAUAGAGCCAGUGGGACUAAGGCUCUGAAUUCAGGUAGGCUCCCCUCGGCGAUACCGGAGAUUCCAAGCUGGGAACCCUGUUCUGCCCAACAGAGAAGCAGUCGAUCGUCAGCCCAGGCUGCGGUAGCUGUGGCUGUUGAGGGGAUGUUUGGGUUUGGGGGCUGCAUGGGAUAAAGGCAGGGCUGCCUCACGCCCGUCACUGACAUGGUUCCCAUUUUCCCAACCACUGGGACAAGGACUCCUUGGUGCCAUGCAUUGCUAUCGCCUAGUCUUGAUGGAAAUCUCUUGAGCCGGUCCGGAACCAAGGCCACGAAAGGAGACGGCCGGAUAGCGGAAGGUAGGGAGUUAAACCUGGGUGUUUUGUGGUACUGUCCGAACUGGAAAACCCGAGAGGCCGGGAAAGCCGAUCCUGACUUGGUGAUGGAGAACUACCUCUCCCAAACACCCUGGGGGAACACACCUGAUCUCUGCCCUCACGGUUUGGGGUGGAUUAUGGCCGAGUGAGUCCUGUGGUCGUCCAAUAAACUCCCCGGUGUUUGACUACUGAAUUUGGAGUCCCAAGUCGGUGCCUAGUGCCGUGCUCUGCGUAAAAUAGGUCCUCGAAAUCUGUAGCUGUCCUGGUUUUGAAGAAGGCACCACCAACGGUGAGAUACUCUAGUUAGUACUGAUGGUGGUGACCGUUGUCUGGAGCCACUGAGGUAUGGCCCUGCCUUGGAAGGAUUUCUCUGGUGGAGUCUAAUCCAGAUGACCUUCCAGAGUUCUGUUUUGGGUUCAUUUCCCCUUCAGGUCAUUAGGGGUGUGUGUUCAGGGUUGGAAGUGUGUUCCACGAUUAAUGGGGAUUAGUUUCCCAGCAGUCUUUCCUGAUCCUUGCCUCUUAACACAAAGUGUCUACCCUGCUAACUCGAUGGAUCCAUCAGGGGAUUUGAUGUCGACAUUUUUGUGUGCCCUGGCCUUCCCAAGUGAUCGAGGUAAGAGGCUGCUUGCCGGAAUCCGAUUCUCUCACGCCCUUCAAAGUUGGAGCCGUGGUCGGAUGUAGAGGCCACUGCCGGGAUCACUAAACCGGCCUGGAGGAAAACCUGGGAUUUUCUUUUCCCUCUGUUGCCUCUCAACACCGGGCAGGGCCAGUUUAUUAAUAAUAAUAGUAAUAAUUGUGAUG